GUUUUGGAACACAGCUGAGUCAGUCGAUGGUUGUUGAUGGUUGUUAGAGCUAGUCAAAGUUGGUCGGAGUUAGUCUUAUGGUUUGAGAACUCUAGUACACUCUAGUAUCGAGUCUAAUAUGUUUGAAAAUAGUGUGUAGCAGUUUUUGCAAAAAUUUUUUACCUUCUGUUCAGUAAUUGGAAGUACAAAAAUUAUUAGAGAUAUGUUAUGAAGAUUAACAUCAAUUAGGAAAUAAUAAAGGAGAGACAUGGCUGAGCAUAGCAGUGAUCUUUAUGAGCAACAGCUUUUUGCUGUAUUUGAAAGCUGUUUGUCAAAAGGAGAGGAUGAACUGGAUGAAGAGAAUCUGUUUUCUAUUUGCAAUAAAUUACACCUUGACGAAUUGAUUGAGGAAUUGAAAUUGUGCAUUUGCAAACAUCAUCCGAAUAAACAAACGAUAUCCUUUCAGGAAUUCAGAGAUGGUUUAUUACUCUUGUUGAAAAAAUCUCAAGGUUUAAUGAGCACGAAGCAACAUACUGUACAACAACCAUACUAUAAUUUAAAUAUGUGCAAUGUUGAUGUCGAUAAAAGUCAAGAUUUACCAUCGGUAAUGAGCUUACCACUAGUUUCGAGGGCUCAUCCUCGAGAUAUGAAAGCUGGCGUUAGAAUGGAUGAGAAUAGACUGAUACACUUAUGGGAGAAAAUUAAGGUUUAUUUAAUGGGAAACGCGGAUCCUGCGACAAUACAAUUUAUAUCAAAUUGCUUAGAAAUUCCACAACUUCCGAAACAAAUAACGGAAUCUAUCUUUGAGAGUCUCGAUCACAAUUGUGAUGGAUUGAUAAGCUUUGAUGAGUUCGUAAUUAUAUUUCAAACUAGAACAAGUAGAGGUCUCACUUUGCGAGAGAAUGUUGCAUCUCGCAGUAGUAUUACUAACAUAAACUGCGAUAUAAAUACAUUAGAUUUUAAUACAUGUCCUUCUCAUAAAAUUAGUCUGCUACAAACUAACGGAGAUUUGGAUAAGAAGAUUGGAAAAAUCACUGGUGUCUCUAGUGCAAAAGCACAAAUGCUAUCGUCCUCGAGUGGAGCUCUCGAUGCUUUGAAUACAAGUCUCGCGGAAAUAACGACCAUUGUAUGCGACGAACUCAAAAAUUUGAAUGAAUCACUAGAUAAUAGUAGCAUUCAGGCUCAUAUUAGUUUAUUACGAGAAAUGAUGAUUGUCCAUCAAGAUGAACAACGCAAUCUAAUCGCUGUAAUAGAAAACAUGAAGGUGGAAAGAGAAAAGAUGCGGACCGACACGUUAGAGGCCAACGAACGAGCGAAUUCGUUGGCGCAGGAGAUUGACGAGUAUCAUAUUGAAUUGGAGAAGAUAAGGAAAGACAUGCAGAGACAGAGUGAACAGCGUUAUGCCGAAAUCACGAAAGAAUUAUCGGAUCAAUAUAACAUGGAACGAGAGAUGGACGCUGCGGCACUCAAAUCGAAGGAUGAUCAGUUACAGACGCUACAAAAGGAGAAUCACGAUAUGAAGAAUAAAGUUGUCAACAUUUUACGAGAGAGUCAAAUGCUCGAGGCGGAAAAUAAAACUCUUCUUAGUCAGAUUGAAAAGUUGCGGUUAUCUAAUAACGAUUUGUUAACUCAAAUCAAAGUAUUAGACGCAGAGCACGAUGAGAUACAAAAUAUAGAAACCAAGCAACAGGAGCAAGUUACCUUUUUCGUCGAUCGUAUUAAACAGUUGCAGUCCGAAGUGACUCUUUUGCGAGAUCAAAACGAUGAGCUUAAUGCAGAAUUGGAAAAUUUAAAAUGUUACGGCAAAGGUACGAGAUACGAGACGCCAUCCUCUUUAGCGUACGAUUUACAAUUGGAUGAGAAUCAACGGGAGAACGACGAUACGACACAAGGGUUUCAAGUGGAUCGACAGAUCAGCAAUGAAAAAGCGUCGUUUAUCUUUGCCCUUGAUUUGCCAAUAGAAGCUCAGACCGAUUUCGCCAAUUCUGGCGAUACAUUGGAAUGUAAAAGAGAUAUAAUUAUUGAACAUGUGAUUGUAAAGGAUCUGGAAAAUGUAUUAUCGACAAGUGCAAAAUGCCUGUCGGAAAAGUGUGCUUUGACAGAGGGUAUAUCGAGAUUAAUCGUUGACUUGCGAUCAAAACUUGCGCUACGUUGUCCCGCGCGAGACUCGGAGAAAAGUAUAGCAUGUGAACUUGAAAUGGAGUGUGAGCAACGAACUAACGAGUCCUUACGAGAUUUAGUCAUUUCGAAAAUACCAAAAUCAUCUUCCACGAAACGUACAACGAUGUCGAAUAGCGCGGAAGCACCCAAUAAUUUUACUGGUCAAGAUGCAAAAAAUCUAACGCAAAACAAGGUAACGAGUCUUAGAGAUUAUCCACCGCGUAAAGAAGAACAUUCUGUGGAUCAGUGCAAAGCUAACAAGGAGAGAAAUGGUUCCUCGAACAUUCCAACGUCCCAGAGCGAAAGUCAAAGUGUUUCAAAAAUCGCCAUGGCAAAUGCAGAAUUAUUGGAGAUCGAGAAAAAGCAAUUGACCGAACGUUGUCAAGAACUCGAACGAAGUUUAGAUUUACUAAAGGCAGAAUACGAAGAAUGUGAGGAUUAUUGGGCUGCCAAAUUAGAAGAAGAAAGGCAGCUCUUUGAACAAGAACAAAAGAUAAGUGAUGACAAACUUGUAGAACUUAUUAAUAAAAUAACAGAGUAUGAAGAAUUAAUUAGCCCCUCGGAUAAAUCGAAAAAUAAUGGACGAUUGUCUCCUAUAGAAGAAAAGUUUAACUUGGAGCAACAGUAUAUAGAUCUCGAGGAAGAAUUUGAAAAGUGGAAAAUCCAAACCGAGAACGACAUUUUUCAAAAGAAUUUAGAAAUUGGAGACCUGCGUGAAAAGUUAAGGCUAGUGGAACAACCGAUUACAAAUGACUUCUAUGUACAAGUACCAGAUGAAAUUUCUUUACCAACAUUCUCAGAUUCAUCGCAUUGUAAAUCUUCCAGUAUAUCUAGUAUUCUAUCGACUAAUGAAACAUUCAUAAAUAUGGAUUUAUGUGGCACAAACAGUCAUACUUGGCCCGAAUUUUCGUUAUCCAAUAAUCUGAACAGAUUGUGUAAACAAGAUGAUAACAUUGAUAGUCAUACUAGUCUAUAUACACAUACCGAAUGCCCUAUAAAAAUAGUAAAAAGUAUAAAUAAAGAUAAAAAUAUACAUCACAAUAAUCCACAUCUUUUACCUACUAAAACUAUGUUAGCGAUGAAAGAGGAAAAUAAAUGCGAUUUGGAAUUUAAAUUGAUACAUGAUGUAACAAAGGAAACCAGCGAUAUACGCUCACAAAACAAUGCCCAACGACAAGUAGGUUGCGUUGAUCUAAAUAUUUUUCAAAAUUUAAAAAUGAAAUUUUACACACAAGAACGCAAGAAACGGCAUUUGCAGCGUUACAUUAAACAACAACGGCAGUAUAUUGAAAAAUUAUUGCAGCAUAUUAUGAUGCAGCACCAAAUGGAAGUAUGUGAGUUACAGUGCCUUCUUCGUAAUACCCAGGAAAGACUUCAGAUACAAGUUCAAACGACUAUUGAUCAGGCUGAUAAACUAGCGAGUGCUGAUAUAUUGGUAAAGGAUUUGUAUAUAGAAAACGCAUGUCUAACGUCGCACAUGAAACGCUUGCAAGAACGAUAUUUCAUCUUAACGGGCCUCGACGUAGAAUCGACUUCGAUGUGAUGUCUACAAAUAGUUGUUAUUUAUAAUUGUAAUAAAUUAUCGUUUUUUAUAUGUAUUCAAUAAUUUAUAUUAUUUAUUUUGUCAUGUAAAAUUAUUAAUUAACGAUAUACAAGUGAUGGACCGCUAUGGAACUCAGGGAUGCGAUGUUCAGAAAAUGUAUGUUACAACACAGGUGCCUUCAGUUUUUAAUUUGAUUUCAAACUAAAGUGAGAGAUUGGCUUUAAUGUACAUCGAUACAUCGUAGAGUUAAUUUUAUUAUAAAUAAAUCUUAAACUUUAAGAGCGAUGUAUGAUAAAUAAGAGAGUAAAAAGUAUCAAUAAAUUAAUCUAUUAUUUCAUUAAAUAAGUAGUACAAUAGAAUGGCUUUUUGUGUGUGUAAAGGUGACUAUACGAAACAAUAUAAGCAAUGUACGCAAGUA